AUGUCCACUAACAAAGGUGUGAGAGAAAGAGCAUGUAUGCUCUGUGGUAUUGUCUUGCCUGGUAGGGUAUUCAUGCAAAACGGCUGUCCUAACUGCGACUCAGUAUUGAAUUUGAGGGACAGUGAUCAAGCUACCGUCAACGAGUGCACAUCGUCAUCUUUUGAGGGUUUGGUGGCCGUUGGAGAUAAUGAACACUCCUGGGUUGCUAAAUGGCUCAGAGUAGAUCGAUUUCAGCCAGGUCUGUACGCCGUUCGAGUUGAUGGAAGGUUACCCAGUGAUAUCGUAGCAGCUUUGGAACAGUAUGGUGUCUAUUAUAGGCCACGAGAUGGCUCUGUGAUUGACUAG